CAUUAAUGCUCGUUUCUAUCAAUAUAGUUUAAUUUUAAUUAAAGCAAAAAUGGACAUAUUUCAAUUAAUUUAUUUCCAAUCGAUGGAGAAUCGACCAAAGAACAGGCCCAUAAUUUAUAAAAAUCAAUAGAAGUAAGGAGCUCUGAGAUAAACAGAUUUAAAAAAAGUCCAGAAACGCCAAAAAAUCUCAAUACGCUGAAGUCACGGAAAUCUUAAUGUGGUUUACCUAUAUAAAAAGAGAUAUAAUUGAGCGACGACCGCAAGUGGGGAAGAAUCAUCUGCUUAUUUGGAUUCCGAUUAGAUGCCUGGAUAACAGGUAGUUUUUCAUCAGAGAUAGGCUUAUACCUUAAAGAUAUAUAUAAGGACGAUCGAAAUUGGGUGUACACAUAGUAAUGAAACAACAGAGGCUAUUUGCACACACUGCAGAAUACUAGAUUACGAUCGGAUAAAUAAUAUCUGACUGUCAAUCAAUCCUUAUCAGCGGUACCUCAUCUAUCACUUUGUCAAUAUCAGUAUUGCACUGGAUGCAUCCUGUAUGAUCCUAAGAAGAAAACGAUUAAAUAACAAACGGAGAUUUUUGGAAUUUUUAAUUGAGUGAACUCUAUUUGUUACAUUAAUUGCUAAGCAGUUAUGAAGAUGACGGUCACUCUGAGAACAAUGGGUUUUAUGAAAUUAAGUCGUGUUCGGCAGAAUCUAAACAUGCGCAAGUAUGUGAGUGAUCAGCAUCUCGCAGACGGCGAGGUGAAGAAACAAAAGAUACCGCUAAACAUCGAUACCAACAUGCUGAAAAUCGGUUUCCUCGGCGGGGGAAAAAUGGCCCAGGCGCUUGCUAAAGGUUUUAUACGGGCAGGUUUAAGCAAAGGCGAAAUGAUACUGGCUAGCUGUCUUCCAAAUGAUACCGGCAGUAUUGAAACUUUUAAGGAAAUGGGAUCAAAUACUGUUUUUACAAAUGUACCUGUCAUCGAUCACGGUGACGUGCUAAUCCUUUCGGUAAAACCGCAAGUUGUACCAAAAGUAUUAUCAGAGUUUAGGGUACACGACAACAAGAAGUUACUCCUUUCCAUCGCCAUGGGCACCUCUCUGACGUCAUUAGAAAAGGCGCUGCCAAAAGAAACGCCCGUGAUAAGAGUAAUGCCGAACACACCUGCAUUAGUUGGCUGCGGUGCUACGGUGUUUGCGCGUGGAAAAUACGCGAAUGACAAGGAUGCAGAGAUUGCAGAAAAACUGUUUUCCUCCGUAGGCAUCUGCGAAGAAGUCCCGGAAAACUUCAUUGAUCCUGUAACUGCCUUGGCCGCUUCCGGUCCUGCCUAUAUAUAUAUGGUAAUCGAAGCAAUGGCCGAUGGUGGAGUUAAAAUGGGACUUACUAGGCCCAUUGCGUAUAAGCUCGCUGCGCAAACUGUCUUAGGCGCUGGUACAAUGGUUCGCGAGACAAACCUCCAUCCAGGACAGCUCAAGGAUGACGUAACUUCACCAGCAGGCUCAACCAUAACUGCUAUUCAUCAAUUAGAGAAACAUGGCUUAAGAUCGGCAUUAAUCAACGCUAUAGAGGCGGCAACACUUCGAUGUAGAGAAGUUAGUUCACAGGCCAACAAAAAUUAGUGAUGACAAUUAUUAUUGUGUUGACAUUUUAAAGAAAUAUAUCAGGAGACACGGUAAUGUCUCGGUAUAAAAGAACGUAGAUAAUGUUUCCAUUCAA